CAUUCAGUCGCACCCGAUUCGUCGCCCAGUGAAGUCGCUUGAUAAUAUUCGGUAUACAUUUUUAUCGCCUAAUGUUUCGCGAUUGGUUGGUAAAUCUACUCUGUAUAUAUAAUAAUGCCACUUUAAAUGGAAAAUUAUCAAAAUAAUGAUUUUAUGAUGAAGUUUUAGACUUGAGCUGAUUGGAAUGGUUAUUUGAACACAAAACGUUUAUUUAUUUGCAUUUAAUCGGAUUCGAAUUAACUGAUGGUUUUAUCUUCUUAGUGUAAGGGUGGAAUAAACACAUACACUCGGUGUUCUACAUGUUCACAAUAAUAUCGAAUUGAUUCUCACCUGAAACUGAAUUGAUCUGUUUUUAUUAUCGUAAAACGUGUUUGAUGUAUAAAUUGUGUAAUAUAAAUUGAUAGUGGUGGUUCAAACUGGAGCUUAUAAUUGCAGAAAAUUAAAUGAUUUUGAUAUCAUUCGAAAUAAGUGUCUGAUUUUUCGAAUUGUUUUUCUUUCUCGAGCAAGAGAGAUGCGUUAAAUGUGUUUUCGAUUUCGGGAAAAGUUUUUUGUUUUUUCUUUUUUUUACGGUGAAUGGAAAUAAGGAAAAGUUUCAGCAAAUAAUUGUGAAAAAUUUAACAGCUUUAAAAUGUACGGAUUUGUAAAUUACGCCCUCGAACUUCUUGUUCUGAAACAUUUUGGCUUAAGUGUGUGGGAGCAAAUCAAAAAAAAAGCUGAAGUGGCCAUGGAAGGCCAAUUUUUAGUGAGACAAAUCUACGACGAUGAAAUUACAUACAACAUAAUUGGGGCAGCUGUAGAUAUAUUGAAUAUACCUGCAGAUGAUAUUCUUGAAUUAUUUGGAAAAACAUUCUUCGAAUUUUGUCAGGACUCUGGCUACGACAAGAUACUACAAGUACUCGGAGCCACUCCAAGAGAUUUUUUACAGAACCUGGAUGCCUUACAUGAUCACUUGGGUACAUUAUACCCCGGGAUGCGAGCUCCAUCAUUUCGAUGUACUGAAGAAAUCGAUGGUUCACUUAUUUUACAUUAUUACUCGGAACGACCUGGUCUAGAACACAUUGUAAUAGGAAUAGUUAAAGCGGUUGCCCUUAAACUGCAUGGAGUUGAUGUAGAUAUCAAAAUAAUCAAACGAAAGGGAGAUGCAAUGGUCGAGGACCCCACUGCUAUUUUAUUGCCUACAAAUUCGUUAACUAGUAGCUCCGAAUUGGAUAAUUCGUACAAGCCAACAAUAGACCAUAGUCAUAACACUGCUGCAAUUGAUAUAAUGGUAGCUGCAGUAGAGAAAUGUAGACCGAAUGGCAAUGGAAAUGUGUUGCAAUAUCAAACGAAUUGCCGAUGUUGUAUGAAUGCAUGUAGUACCAAUGCGAAUAAUCUGAUGAAAAGUAUUUCUACCGUUACAAUUAGCACUACGUGUAAAUGUCAAGAUCAACCACUAGCAGAUUGUCCGCAAUGCAGUAAUAGUCAAACGACGUUGAACGAUGUUGAAACAAAACUUUUCGGUAGAAAUCCACAUAUCUGUGAUAGCUCGAACGGCCAACAUAAACACCAAUGCUAUGAGUUGAUUCAAGAGAAGCCCGUCGAAAUUGAAGUGUCGGAUCAUAUACAAUUUUUAAUAACUGAAGUAUCAGCACCAGCAGCUCCAUCAAUACAGGAGAAAGAACCGCCAGAUGAUGUGGACGUACUUACUGAAGGGCCAUUGAUUUCAACAGCAACGUUUUGUAGGAUUUUUCCAUUUCAUAUAAUGUUCAACAGACAAAUGAACAUUGUGCAAGUUGGAAAAUCCGUUUCACGCGUCAUACCUCGUGUCAGUGAAAACAACUGCCCGUUGUUAGAAGUAUUAGAAGCGGUUCGACCACAUUUGCAGUUGAACUUCGAAAAUAUCUUAGCUCAUAUUAAUACGAUUUAUGUGCUGAAAACUAAACAGGGAGCAAUGGGCCUACAUGAACGGUAUUUACGAUUAAAGGGUCAAAUGCUGUAUAUAGCUGAGUCGGAUUUAAUAUUAUUUCAAUGCUAUCCCAGCGUUAUGAAUUUAGAUGAUCUGACGAAAAAAGGGCUGUACAUAUCGGAUGUACCAAUUCACGACGCUACCAGAGAUCUGGUUUUGUUAUCAGAAAAAUUCGAAGCGGAAUAUAAAUUAACCAGAAAUUUGGAGAUUCUAACCGAUAAGCUUCAACAAACUUACAGAGAAUUGGAAAGUGAAAAGCAGAAAACAGAUAGAUUAUUGUAUUCGGUACUACCGAAAACGGUGGCCAAUGAGCUUAGACAUCAAAGACCGGUCGCGCCAAAAAGGUACGAUUGCGUGACUUUAAUGUUUUCCGGCAUUGUUGGUUUUGGCCAAUAUUGUGCUGCAAAUACAGACGCCGAAGGGGCCAUGAAAAUUGUGAAAAUGCUUAAUGAAUUGUACACAGUAUUCGACGCGCUGACCGACUCGAAACGGAUACCGAACGUAUAUAAGGUGGAAACGGUUGGAGACAAAUACAUGGCUGUAUCCGGCAUACCAGAAGUUUGUGAUAAUCAUGCAAAGUGUAUAGCCCGACUGGCGCUGGAUAUGAUGGACAUGUGCAAAAACGUGAAUAUGGGACCAAAACCAGUUGAAAUUACAAUUGGUAUUCAUUCAGGAGAGGUUGUCACUGGCGUAAUAGGACAUCGAAUGCCGAGAUAUUGUCUCUUCGGAAAUACAGUUAACUUAACCAGUCGAACUGAAACGACAGGCGUUCCGGGGCGGAUAAAUGUCAGCGAAGAAUGUUACAAAAUUUUGGUCAAUGAAGUGAACAUGGAUUCAUCAUUCCAAUUGGACUAUCGUGGCCCCGUGGUAAUGAAAGGAAAGCCAGAACCGAUGAAGUGUUGGUUUCUGUCCAGAAGCAAGGGCGUCGCAGCAGCAAUUACACCAUCUUUUGAAGAAUAUCCGUCAAGCACUUUGACGUAAUAAUUUAACACAAAUGCAUGAUCGUACUUUUUUUUGUAGAAGACUAUAAAUAGGGUACAAUGUAAAAGUAGAAGGUAAGUUAAAUUACCUUAAGUUAUAGAAAAAAAAUCGUCUUUUUUUGGGAUCAUUGAAGUAAAUUUUACUUUUCUUAACAAAACAUAUAUUUUACGUAUAGAGAAAGCUAGUGACAAAACACAGUAGCACUACACCAAAUGCAUAACAUCAUACUGUGGUCUUUAUAAAAAUAUGUGUUAAGACUAAUGAAGUAAAAGAUUUUUUCGAUAGUUUUAUUGGUGACUGGUGGAAAGAACUUACUUUUAUAGUAAAUUCGUUUAAAUAUCGUCAAAAAAGAAUUCCUAUUCCAUAUUCCAUAUAAAAUUUUCACUCGUCCGAAGCAACAACGCGUCAAAAAUAUAGAAAAAAACUUUCUGAAUUAAUUUUUUUUUAAAUCAAGGAUCGAAGACUUUUUACGCAUCAAAAACUUUUCAUACGUCAAAAUUACGUAUUACAUCAAAUGUCGUUGGACAGACAAAAAAUUCAUGCUCUUUUCAUGUGUUCUUCUUAACUUUUGCUCAUAGCCUGUAUGCCAGAUCUGCAGAGUCGGUGUCAGUUAAUUAGCUCCGUUUUGAAUAGGCUUACGAGGUUAUCAAAAUCAAAUUUUUCAUGUUUCUUAUAAUUCGCUAACAUAGAACAUGUCCUGUUUUUUCAUUUAACUGUUCACUUGAAGUGGACAAAGUGGAAUUUUCGUGAAAUAAAAGAAAUUUCAGUUGAUAAUACUAAUUUUCAACUAAAUGUAGGUCAUUUUUUUUGCAAAAAAAAAUCAAUGUGACAAACCUCUCGUUCAAAAUCUACGUUGGCAACACAAAAAUUCCAGUCUGAGGAAUUCUUUCGAAAAACACCCUACCGAAAUCGGAUGUAUUUUCCAUUGGAAUUUUUCAUAAGUGCCUUGGCAUUGGACCCGAAAUCCUUUAUGCUUUAUGGCCUCACUUUUCUUAUGAAUCAAAAGAUACAAGAAAUUAACAUCUACAUAGAACCCAAAUUACGCUGCGUGCUGGACCAAAUAUGCACACGUGACCACGUGUACAAAAUUCUAUAUACGUUGCCGUUCGCAAUUUCAAUGAAGUUGAAGAUCUCAUGUUCCGUAAGAAAUAUAAAUUCAGUAAAUUGUCGUAAGCGAAGUUCUGCAAAAGUAAGUUUAGCCGCUAAGAGCUCCUACCUUUUUCAGUAGUUCCGGCUAAGCCAGAAAUUCUUUAGUAGACACAUUUUUGAUGGAGAUCAUCUGUUUUUAUACUGGAUAUAGUCACUUUAGGAUUUAUUUAAAAAACACGUCUUACAGCAUUCGUGAUUGAAUUAUCACUCGGAUCUAUUACAGUAUUGCGGGCAGUUGGUAGUAUUGGAAAAUAUUUUUUUUCUUGUGUGUUUUUUUAGUAUAACACUACUGCCAUUGUAAUCUUUUACUUAUUGUCGUUAGGCGAUUUGAACAUUUUUGUCUACCUUGAUAUUUUAUAGAUCCCUUUACUACAUGUAACGAAAAGUCAUGACUGUGCCAGAUUCGCCUCCUAGAGAUGAAUCUGGCAUAGAAUCAAUUUGAAUGGUGUGUCAGAUUUCAAUUAUCAUACGCUUUUUUCCAAAAAUUUCACAAUUCUACUGUGAUUGACUCGGUGACAGACUAACUACAUUAUCACGAAUAGAUUACAUUUGGUGUAAACCCAAAGUAAACACAAAAUUCGUACAAUUUCCCGUUUUGUAAUGGAGUUCGCAAAUACACGAAUUGCCAAAUAAUUGGAAUUUACGAAAAUUCGUGAGCUUUGGAUUCUGUCGAUGCAUCUAAUCGUAUAUUCGUCGUGUAUGUGAGACCAUUUUCCUUUGAUUUUAUCAUCGCAUCGUUAACAAAUAGAGUUACCUACACUCGGAGUUACUGUUCGAUAAAACUACACAGCUACGCUGCCGUGUUGCUCCAAUCGAAUUAGUAAUUAAAUUUGCAUUUUUGUAAGGUAAGUUUUGAAUUUUUCAUUCGUUUUGUUCGUCCUAGUCGUUUCACCAUAUAAGAGUCUUGACUAGAGGUGUGCACCGCCGAUUUUACGCCGGCGCGCCG